UUCUCGAUAAACCCAGAUUGUUUUAUCUCUAUGAGAAUCGGGAAUUCGCUGGCGGGAGAAUGAAACCCUAGAUUGUUCAGGGUUUAGGAAAUCGAUGAUAUCGUUUCUAUUCAUUCUUACUGAUUUGCAAGUUCUGAAGUCUCCAAUUACUCUUUCAUUCUCGCUCUCGCUUUCUCCUGAAAUCUUAUGGUUUGUCGACUCUAUGCUCUCAUCGAUCUCUGCUAUGUCUGAUCGCUUUCGCAUUCCCUCUGUUCAUCGAUGGGUUAAUUGUUUCGUUGAGCUCUUAGGCUAAUGCAAUCGCUUAAAUAGUCUCUGAAGUUAUCUAUGGAGAACGCUCUGUUCUAUGGUCUCUCGCUCCCGGCCGAAGCCUCAAGUUUUGUCGAACUGUUCUCUUCCAGCUUUAGUUUCUAGGGUUUUGUUCGAAAUUUCCAUUAUUUUGCUCGACGGGUAUGUGGCUUUCUCCUUUGGGUUCUAACUUUCAGAAAGCAUGUAGAUUACGAGUUGAGCAGCCAAGCAAGAGAGUGGCUGUUGCACAAUGUUCGAACUGUUCCAUCUUGGAUUAUUUCGAUAUUAGAUGCGAAUAAUUACUACAUUUCAUUUUAUACAGUUUGUGAAUAUUCUAGGUGAAUGAUGGAAUACAUGCCUGGUUGUAGGAGGAACCUAGCAGAUAGUGUUAGGGAUGUUCCCGAGGAAGAAGACGAUUUGCCAGUGCUCCCGAGGAUCAUCUGUUCUGAGAAAAUUCUGAUAUACAUACAUGGCUUCUCCUGAAGAAGCGGAGUAUCAGGCGUUUCUGGAGAAGGUGAAGCGAACUGUGUGCAUUGACAUCCUUACGCCAAAUGUCACAGAAUCGGUUUUUCGGACAGCAUUCGAUCAGUUUGGGAUCGUCAAGAGUGUCCAGUUGAUCCCAAACUAUUUGGGUCUGAAGGAGCUUCCGAUGACUGCUCUUGUGGAGAUGGAAAGCGAGUCUAUUGCCAAUGCUGUGAUCGGGACGCUGACACAGUUUCCUUUCAUGGUUGGUGGGAUGCCUAGGCCUGUCAGAGCUCGUGCCGCUAAGCCUGAGAUGUUCAAUGAGCAUCCGAAGAAGCCCAGGAGACAGAUUUUUUGCAGGUGGAUUGAACCUAGUGAUCCUGAUCUCAGAAAGUCGAAGGAAUUGAAACGGCUUGUGCAUAAACAUAGUGCUGAAGCCUCGUUUCUGCUCAAGAAUCAGCUGUUGUCGGAAGAGAAGCUGGCACAGCAACAGUUUGAGAAUCUGAAGACCCAUUACAAGAAGUAUUCGAUGAUUGAUAGACUUAUCGUCGAUAGGGUGGCUCAGGAUCUGGCGGGGCGCUACAACAUAAAAUCUAUAGAUGAUCGGUAGAGAACUUCAACUUCCUUUGGAGGAACUAUACGGUUGUAGUGGAUAUGAGAAAGUAUGGAACUGGCGAGUAAAAUCAUUAGGUAAAUGUGGAAACCAAAGAUGAUAUUUUCCUUAAAUCAUCAUGUGGAGCUCGAGUAGUUUCCUGAUUAGACUUGUUGAUGCAAGAUUCUUCGUAUGCUCUGCAUCUCCUUGCCCUUGUCUAGUUGUCUUGAUGCUGAUCAGACUGUUUUCUUACGUGGCUGGCUCAAUGUCUAGAUGUGUUCAUGGUGA